GUUUUUUGCAUUUAUUUUGAAUUUUCAGGCACACAUAUGGAAGAGUUUGAUGAUAUGGAUGAUGAAAUGGAGGAGGAAAACAUCGACGAUGAUGAGGAUGAUAAGGAGCCGGACGACGAGGAAGAUGAAGAUGAUGAACCGAAGAAGAAGAAUGCCAAAUUAACAACCGCAGCCAAAUACAAAAACCAAGCUAAUAAGAACAAGAAAAAAUAAGUUCGAGCCUUACUGAUAUGGAAACACAAAAAUCUCUUAAGUUAGGCUAAUAAGCGUAAGUCCAUCAUUAUCAUCCGCAGUUGUGCGAAAUCUAGUAUCGUUUCACCAGAUUAUCAGAUGACAAACGUUGCCUUCCACGUUUCUACAACACAACUGGACCAAUAAGAUAUAAAACGUUACACUACGUAAUAGUUUACAAAGAAUAACAUCGCAUAUUGGUCCAUGAACAUUUUUAAUUAAGUGAUAAUAUUUAACGCGAAUGGAAGACGCGAGCCGUAUUCUUUUAACAUCAUUCUAUCAAAUGCCUUAGAGGAAUGACCCUUAAAACGUAUUAAAUGAACUCUACGGGAUAUUAGGGAUGCGAACUAAAAAUUAUUUUUUUGACAAAAUUUUAUGGAGUUGAAAGUUCGAAGGGCAUUCCUCUCAGAGCCGAUUGAACACGCUGGGUUGUUUUAUCCUGUUAUGAAGACGUUAAAAUAAAGUAAAAAAGGAACGAAAAGAUAUAAAAGAACCAAAAGCCCGUGGGGUAACGUAAGGUACACUAUUUUUUAAGUUGAACGUGAAUAAAAGGUCGUACAUUUUUGGCCCAGUUGUUGUUAAUAAAAUUAGUGGAAAGCACGGACGUACCUACAGCGAGGUAUAUUUGUAUUGUUUCAUUUUCUGUCUUCUCCGAUACCGUGUUAUUCACUCAUCGACACUUCCAGUAAUUACAAAGAUACACUAUUUCUAAUUGUAGACAUGUAAACGCGAUUCACAAAAAUUGAAUAACUACGCUCUUUAAUGGUAAAAAAAAAAAACAGAUUGCGAAGAUAACGUUCCAGUGUAAUUUAUUAUUUUCGUGUGUACAAGAUGGGGAAAGGGGUAAAUAGUCACAGAAACCCUUUAUAAUAAAAUGUUAUUAAUAACUGUAAAGGGGAGAAAAAGAAAAACGAGAUCAGAAUUUAAGAAAAAAAAAGAAUGAAACAUAUUUACAAGUCAUCUCUCGAUAUUCAUUCCAUUUGAUGAAAGAUAAACAGAAGAGAGGGUUACAUAGGUGUACUACACAAUGUGAUGCUCUUACAUCAGUGUUAUAUGCGAUUUAUGCAUAUGUAAAGCGUGUCUAAAACGCGCCCAUGCGAUUGAAGUAGUCUGUACACCUAUUUUGUACAUAUACGAUACAAUAAAAAAUUUCACAACUUUUAAUCAGUAUGGCAUGAUGUAACGUUUAUUUUAAUACUUCUCCUGGCAUUGUAAAGUAAAGAUUAAGUAGGUUAAAAAAGCUCGUGUGACAAUUUACCGUUCGUCAUUUGUUGAUACAGUCAAGAAAACCAUUAAUAAUUUAACGAAAAUGAUUUUUCGUCAUUAUGUGACGGAAAGAAAUUGCCCGUUUAUAUGAUUCUCGAUUUUCUCGUGGAAAUAACAUUAUGUCAAUGAUUUUCAACGUGUGAAGGAAACACUUGUUUUUGUAAAGAGAAUCCUUAAACUGUUUACAAAUAAACAGAACCUACAUAGAUUUAUGAAAAAAUUCUUUAAGUAAAUUCUGCUUGUACAUUGAGGUGAGUAACUACCAAUAGGCGACGAUACACAAUACUUUGAUGUGAUAUGGUUUAAGGUCAAGAAAAACUUUACCGCUCGUCGCUAGAUCGUAACAUUCGCUAUUAUGAUAUGCAGAGUAUUAGUUCAAAAAGUAACUUGAUCAACGACACGGACGUAAAAGUUUUCUGUUCAAAUACACAAUGCCAAGUCGCCAGCGAAGAGUUAACGAAUUUACGUCAACAAGUGACAGACCUAAAGGAAACACUUACGUCUUUAGAAAAUGUUAUACAAAUAAAAGAUAUGCAAUUAAUAAAUAUGCAACGUGACAACGAACGAUUAUCGUCCGAGUUGAAGAAACAUCAAAGACACUUUAGAAACAUUAAACGUAAGCUUGGGAAAUUCUUAGUGAAGCUUAUCGCGAUCCUUAAGUGUACUGAAUUAAUUCCAGAGCAGUUGGAUGAUGAAAGGUUUUUCUAUCAAAGGGAAAAGGAUUAUUUUAACAAUGAAAUGCAACGGCAAAAGACGCGUAAUGUAAGCGGGGCAUCGAGAUUGCACCGACAACGAAUGGAAUUUGAAGAAGCACGUGAAUCUUUAGAAGAGGAAAACAGGUCGCUCAGAGAGGAGUUGAAUGAAAAGGCAGAGACGACAUACAAUUUGUGUAUAAAGUUUCUGCGAAUGAAAUAUGCGAAGGAUACGUUGAGGCAAAAGUUCGAUCAAUUAUUAAAGGAACACCUCCACGUGAUGGCGGAUACGAUGGAAAAAUUGGAUGAGGCUAGGGAGGAGCUUAACGUAAUUGUGUCCGAAAAAUUCCAAGAGCGCCUACCUUUAAGUAAAGCGAAAUUUUUACAGGUGCUACAAAGAAACACCCGAUUAGUUCAUGAAAACGCGACGCUCAAGGUGCAAAUACAACAUUUGACUUUGAACAUCGAGAAACUAAAGGCCUCUACGCAAAAGCCGAAAAUGAUAAACGUAGAUGCAAAAAUUAUUGCAAAAUUAGCUACACAAAAUAAAAAACCAUAUGCGAAAGAGGCUGCGAAGUGUCAAUCGUUCGAAUUGUAUGAGAAUGGAACCGGAAAUAGUUCCUUACUUACUAAACCAUCGACCUCUCAAACUCCCGUUCAUUAUCCCGGAGACAUGAAAUUACUGUCGAAGUUGCGAGUGAAUAAUUUGAAAAGAUACGCGAACGCUGGUACGUCAGAUGUCCAGACGGAAACGUGGGGCCAGCGAGCAGAACGAGCUCGCAGCGCUCCGGAAAUUCGAUUACGGUCGGAUUCGUCAACAGUCGCUUGGGCAGAAUCUUUGAUCGACAUGCGGGGUACCCGUACGAACACAUAG